AGUUUCACUUUGUCUUGGGUAUUAAGUUUCUCUGGCUCUUACUAACGCUUCUGUCAGGUAACUUCUCUUUUUCAAUGUGGCCUACUUCCCAGCUGCCCCAAUAGGGGCUCCACUUGCUGAGAGAGAAGGCGAAAAUACAGGAACCAGAACUCGUAGAACUAACACGCCCGUAACGCUCAGCAGCCUAGCGGCCAAGAUGUCGGAGGGGCUGCGGAUUGAAUUAAUGGCAGGAUCUCUGUCCGACGACGAGACGGCGGAAACGGUGCCCCUCCCUUUGAGGCCCACGUUAGCGUCCUCGCCAACCUUCGUCGAGUGAGCACAUGACGGUAGAUUUGAGAUGCGUUUAACCUGCCCAGUGAGACGCAGUGGCGGAUUCUCAGGCGAGGGACGACGGGAAAGUCCUUCCCCGAUUUGGACUUCUGAAUGUAAUUAACCAAUAAAUAUAAAAUAUUUCC